CCCAUCCUUCCAGUAUUUUCCUCAACAAACCCCCCCGGCCUUGAGCUCUCUUUACUCUCUCUCUCUCUCUCUCUCUCUCUCUCUCUACCCCCUCUUUCUGUCUCUCCUGCUUUGUAUAGCUACCAAACUAAGACCUCCACCCACCAUUGUUGCAUGCCAUGUGACCGCAAAUUCCAGCAACAGAAACCCCACAAUGCCUUCUCCAAUUUAGCAUCUGAUUGCAAUCUCGAUUGAAAGUUUGUAUUUUUUUAAAUGGGUUGCUGUUUGAGUACCACAGACGCCGGAAAGUCCUCCGCUUUCGGUCCUCAGAAGCACCGCCAUUCGUUGGCGGGAACUGAAGAGUCAAGAUCUGACGCAGCCCGGGAGAGCAGAGCGCCGCCGCCAAUAGACGAAGAGACAGUGAAAGAAGUGCUUUCGGAGACACCGAAACCCAAACAUCCACAGCAGUCUUCGCCGCCGCCGCUAUUCAAACACGAGCCAGUACAAGAUCGAGAUCAAGGAAAAAAAGCAGCUUCCGAGGAAGAAGAGUUACCAGUUUUCGUUUCUUUGAAAACUAAAAUCGACCCGGAAAAGAUUGAGCAGAAAGUACCCAUUUGCAACAACAAUGACGGCGGCGGAGAGGCCUCGGAGUUGUCGGAGAUUUGCAGCCUGAGCGAGAGCAUGUCGGGCACCACCGUCACCAGAGACGACGACGAAGAGGUUCAUCAGAGGUUCGUCAACAGGUCGCCGGUGAAAUUUGGACAAAACCGGGACUCUUCAAUGGGUCAAAGGAGAGACCAGGUCGUGGGUAAGUCUCCGUCUCGGAUAACCGCAUCCUCUCCUGGUCGGAGAUAUGGGCCAAAUGGGGCUGGUUCAGUGAGGUUGGUUCAGAGCAGAGAACCAAGCCCGAGUAAGCAGCCAAUGUCCAGGCGUGGGUCGAGACCCGAGUCAAACCGUCGCGAACCAGGUGAGAGUUCGGGUCGUAGGUCAAGGUCACCGGCCACGAGGGUUACAGAUGGCGGUGGGGUUAAUAGAGCCAAUGUGGGUCGGAGCCCCUCCGCCAGGAAAUCCGGAAAGUAUCCUGGUCGAACCACAAUUGGCCCAAUUGAGAGCUCGAGUUCUUGUCCGAUCCGGAGAGUGGCUGAGGAGCCCAUCAACGAGGGUAACUGGCCCGCAAAUGAGUCCCUCGACAACCCACUUGUUUCCUUGGAGUGCUUUAUUUUCCUAUGAAGUGCUACAAAUGAAGCGUUACGAUAUUUCAAGUCAAUUACAAAGACGGAACCUACAAUAGCUGCAUUGAUGUUGUCAAGUUAGAAAAUAAAUAUUUUUCGGAUCUCUUCUACCAAAUCCACCGUGCAUCCCAUCAAUCAAUCUAAACUUUUGAAAUUUGAUUUAGCAAUUAAAGUUAUUAUAAUUUUUAAAGGGUUUUUUGUUUUUAAUUGUUGAAUCAAAUGUUAAGAGUCCGGAUUUAUUAUAAUUUUUAAAGGAAUUUCUCAUUUUUAGUUAUUGAAUCAAAUUUUAAGAGUUCAGAUUGAUUGACGAGAUAGAUUUGAUGAUUCAUUUCCGUCAAGUUACUCACCUAGAUAUGGACCUCCAUCUCCUAUUUUGGUUUAGAACAUAGAAGCUAGAACCCCUAGUGUACUUUUCUACUUUCAUGGAUCUUCAGUAUAUGUAAAUACUUGCAAUGUUUAAGGGUAAUAUGGGAAUUGGACGGUACGAUUUUGCUGAACUGCAACAAAGGAAGUUCCUGGCUGAGGAGGGCAAAUGGAGAUUUGAUUACCUAACAGACGGUGUCACAGAUUUGUAUGGAUACUUGGACGCGUAAUCAAUGGCUAUUUUUAGGGUUUCAGCUGCUACAUCUGCAUAUGGUCAGUCCAUUAUAUUUUUCCUUGUACUAGUUUAUGUAAAGUCUCAAUUCUGCACCAAUAAUUCAAUACGUAUGGUCCUUGGGACUAUUGAUUGA